AUGCCAAUGGUCGUAGGACGCGGACGCAGGUGGAGUGACUUGAUUAUUUGGUGGGUCGGAGUGGUUUUGCAGCUGUUGUUUUUACUUAGCAAUGCCCAGAAUUUGCAGGGCAGGGAAGGACUUUCAGAAGACAAAAUUCAAGCUGAUUUGCCAUCUGCUGGUGUGCAGUUACUUGAACAGGAUAAGCAAAUUGUAAUGUGUAAUGGAAUAGUAAGCAUCACAUUAACAGUACCAGGUGGUGCAGUUACCAACAUAACAUACAAAGACAGUGGCAAUUUGCUUGAAACCAAAGACACUAAAGAAUAUAACCGAGGCUUAGAAGGAACAAGUUACAAGAUCAUAGUGCAAAAUGAAAAUCAAACAGAGAUUUCCUUCACUAGAACAUGGAAAGUUGGCAGCUCUGAUGCCCCUUUAAAUGUUGAUAAAAGAUUCGUGAUGUUGCGUAAUUCCCCUGGAUUCUAUUCCUAUGCUGUGCUUGAACGCUUGAAAGGAUGGCCGGCUUUCAACAUCGAAGAAGGAAGAAUUGUGUUCAAGCUUCAAGAAAAUAAGUUUCAUUACAUGGCAAUGUCAGAUGACAGGCAACGAUUUAUGCCAAUGCCCAAGGAUCGUCUUACUGGCGAGACCUUAGAUUAUAAAGAAGCAGUUCUCUUAACAAAUCCAACCAAUCCUGAAUUCAAAGGCGAGGUGGAUGACAAGUACUUGUACUCAUGUGACAAUAAAGACAAUCAAGUUCAUGGGUGGGUAAGCAGUGAUCCCCCUGUGGGUUUCUGGAUUAUCACGCCAAGUAAUGAGUUUCGUACAGGCGGCCCCAUUAAACAAGAUCUUACAUCCCAUGUUGGUCCAUAUGUUCUUGCUAUGUUUAUUAGCAGACACUAUGCGGGGGACGAUAUAGAUCUCAAAUUUCAAACUGAAGAGUAUUGGAAGAAGGUUUUUGGUCCUGUUUUUAUCUAUCUCAAUUUUGAUGCUACGGCAAAAUCCCAUCCAUCUGUCCUUUGGAACGACGCCAAACAGAGAAUGCAGAAAGAGGUAGCUAGUUGGCCGUACCGUUUUCCUUUUUCAAAAGACUAUGUUAAAUCCAAUCAAAGGGGAGCUGUAAGCGGUCAAUUACUUGUUGACGAUUGGUUCAUAAAUAAGCAACCUGUGCCUGGAGCCUCAGCUUUUGUGGGAUUAGCACCCUUAGGAGUUGCUGGUUCAUGGCAAUUAGAAAGCAAGGGUUAUCAAUUUUGGACAAAGACAGACCAAAAUGGAAAAUUCUUGAUACAAGAUGUGAUACCUGGGACUUACAGCCUGUUUGCAUGGAUUCCUGGAACUCUUGGAGAUUAUAAAUAUGCUUAUGACAUCACCAUCUCCCAAGGAACUGUUGUUGAGGCUAGAAAUAUGAUUUUUAAGGCUCCACGAGAAGGUGAAACAUUGUGGGAGAUUGGAAUCCCUGAUCGCUCAGCUGCUGAGUUUUUCAUUCCAAAUCCUAGUCCGAAAUUCAAGAUACAUAAAUACAGAGUUGAAGUUGAAAAGUUUAGACAAUACGGUCUCUGGACAAGAUAUGAGGAUUUGUAUCCACAAGAAGAUCUAAUUUUCAAAGUUGGUAUCAGUAAUUAUAAGAAAGAUUGGUUUUUUGCACAUGUGACAAGGAAAGCGACAAAUGAUGAGUACGUACCAACAACAUGGAAAAUUUUAUUCGACCUGAAAAAUAUUAACAAAGGAGCAAACUACACCCUCCAACUGGCCCUAGCAUCAGCAAAUAGGGCUGAAUUACAAGUACGUUUCAAUGAUCCUAAAACACUACCACAUUUCACAACGGGACCAAUAGGCAAGGAUAACACGCUAGCAAGACAUGGCAUUCAUGGAGUGUAUCAUUUUUACAGUAUUGGAAUUGCCGGAAGUUGGCUUGCCACUGGAAUGAACACAAUUUUUUUAACACAGGCAAGUAGCCGAGGGCUCUUUAGAGAAGUCAUGUAUGAUUAUAUCCGUUUCGAAGGCCCUAUCUAA